AGUUAAUGACGGUCGUCAGUGCAGACAAUUUUGACAGUUAUGUGAUUGAGGGCUUUAAUGGAAUCUAAAACUUGUAUCUCAACUUUAUCUGCAGAAGACCUGCGGUUGCAUCUCCUGUCGACUAACAAACUGCCGGCUGGAAUUCCAGAAAAAUUGCUAGUUAUAGUUAAAGGCAAUUAUUCUCAACUGACAAGUCACUUGAAACUUUUUCAUGGCUUCCUUAAAACAACAGGUCAUAGUAACAGAACUUUGUAUUGUGGGAACGUUCUUGUCAUUUCUAUAAUCAAACAACUGGAUCUGGUUUUAUUGAGACAAGGCUGAAAAGACUGAGGGAAGUUCAUCGUGAAGAACCACGCCGGAAGAGGCCAACACAGGACUCUUCUCCAAUCCAAAAAAAACCGCGUGUCACGAAACGGCCUCAUGUAAAGAAAAAUGCCGACUACAUCUUCAAUGAAGCCGAAUGCCAGUUUAAGGUUGAAUGGUUGAAGAGUCAUCCGCCUGGAGGAGAUAAUGACACAGUCAUCAUUGAGUACAGCAAGGCGACUUUUGGGUAUCCUCAAAAAGAAAUCAAACAAACUCUGACUGAACCUGGUCUCAUCAUGAAAGAAUAUCCCCGCUUCAAGGACUUCCAAAAUGGAUCUCUGUUUCAGGUAGAAUUUCAGUUACUCUAUCCCGAUGCCAAGAACUUCGAAAAAGUCUUUAAAGAAAAAUUCUUAUUUAAAAUAUUGGCUCUGGCUAAUAAAAAAAACAUUGACAUUCCUGACUGCCCUGACGAAUGUCUUAAGGCCGUUUUCGUGUUACUAAAGCUGACUCCAAGCAUCGUUAAACUCCGAAAAGUUAAUUUUCGUUUGAUUACGGAACGACUGAUAGUCUUUUUAAAGGAUAAUGCUGACUUGAUUCAAUUAAGCGAAACGCGAGACCCUCAUUUGAAGCAGCCAUUCAUCUGCUGCAUGGGAACGAUGGAAACUCCUACAAACUUCUGGAUUGUUAUCGAUCGUGAUAUAAUACUGUGUGGUAACGACUUUGCAACUGCUUUCGUUAACUUGUUUUGCUCGUUUUAUGCAUUUAAUUUAAAUUUCCCUCAGUAUUUGGAAUCAUUUUAUGGAUUUUUUUGAGGAAUGCGUUUUCGAUAUUAAAAUUCCUUCUCCCUCAGUAACAGCCUUUAGAGCAUCCCUAGAAUGUUUAAGAGACCUACAAGGCUAAAUUGCAAUGCUAACACAAUCGAGCUUAAAAGUGAAUGGCGCCCACUUUUAUUAAAAGUGGGCGCUUUCAAGCUUAUAAGCUUGAUUGUGUCAUCAUGUGCAAUGAUGUUUAUUUUUAAGUUGAGGUGUUCCAAAAAUGCAAAUACUGUUGUCUUAUUUUGUUCUCCUGUUCUUUAUAAUAACAAACUGGGUUUUUUAUGAUAAAAAAUUUGUUGUAUUUGUAUAAAUGUUGUCUUGCACCGUUGUAGUAUGCUCCUUCCCAUGGCCUAAUCUCAGAUGAAUACAGACUUCUGAAAGACA